AUACGAUAUGCAUAAUUGGGUAUGACAAGAAAUUGUGAAAAUUAAUAAAUUGUACACCAUUAACCAUAAAUAUUAUUAUUGAGCAUUCUUCUGCAAAUAAUUAUUUUAUUUCGAAGGUCAAAUAUGAUCUACUUUCCAAACAGAGUAGAGAAAUUUUAUUUCAUUGCGAUUGUAACUGUACUUUUCAGUGCACAAAUUGUUUCAUCGCAAGUUCAAGGAUGGGAUUGUUACAAAUGCAGCAGCACUACGGACGAACUUUGUCUAACAAACCCAGAGGCUAUUUCGAGUGGGGACGUUACAGUCAGUAAUUGUACCGGAUAUUGCACCAUUCUCCGAACGGAAUUCACAGAUAUUCCAGGGAAAGUGAUUUCUUUGGUGAGAGAUUGUGAAAAAGUGCCGCUGGUAAUCAACGAAAUUAGAACGGACGCCCACUACACUAAAUAUUACAGAUCAUGCACAACUGGAAAAUGCAACAGCGGAGAUGGAAUUAUUCGUGGUGGAGGAGGAAAUGGGAACGUACCUUCCGAAAUUAUUCAGGUUCCUGAAAGAUCAACUGGAAGCAAAUUCCAAACUUUCAAUUUACCACUUUUGAUCCAAUUGUCAGUUUUGUUAAAAUUUCUCUUGUGUUGAAGCAAUAUUUUCUAUUAAAAUCAUUCUAAAAUAACCUCACA